AUGCAACAUUUAUCGGUGAAGCCAGUGCCCUUAAAUAAUCUUUUAAAACGAAGAGAAAUUGAUAAAGCUGGGACGAGUUCGGAAAGCGCACCGAAUACAUUCCGAUCUAUUAUGAUGCAAACAGGUGGUUUGUAUGAUCAGAAAGGUACAGUUUAUGUUGAAUUUGGUUCAACGAAAAUUAUUUGCUCAGUUGACGGUCCCAAAGAAAUAACGAAAAGUGUCGAUGUUGAUCCAACAGAGGGGCAAAUUUGUGUUUUUCUGAAAAAUGUUUCAGCGGAAAGCAGUGAUGUCACAGGUCCAAAUUCUUCCUCAAUUUCAAAUAAAGAAAACAGUGGAAUGCGUAAUGCUGUAGAAUCAGCGUUGCGAUCAAUUAUUUGUUUGGAGCUAUUUUGUAAAGCACAGAUUGAUGUUGAAAUAACGGUUCUCAAUGAUGAUGGCGGUGUUUUGGCGGCCGCUUUAAUAGCUUCUUCUUUGGCUCUAAUCGAUUCUGGUAUCCAAGUUUAUGAUGUUUGUGUAGCAGCUCAUAUUGUUAUGUUGGGAGAUGGCCACAUUAUUGUUGACCCAUCAACCAGCUCAUUUCCAUUGUCUUCUGUAAUUGAUUUAGAGGAUUUCCCCAGAAAUGCGCAUCUUUCAGUUACCGUAGGCAUGAUGCCGUCAUUAAAUCAGUUGGCAUGUUGUGAAUUUGUUGGUAUUGCAGAACCUCACCAAUUAAGACAUGCUAUUACUGUAGCCGUAGAAAAUUCAUUGAAGUUAUAUCCUUUGAUACGUAAAACAUUAACUAGCUAG